CUUUAGCAUUCACUUUACAAAGAAAGAGAAAGAGGAAAAAAAAAUGGAACUCUGUGAACAUGAUCAUUUUUUGGAAGAAUUACUGGCUGUGAGAAGGGAAACAUUGGACACCAUCCCAUCAGAAUCAAACCAGUUCUUCUCUAAUGGCUGGGGUUUUGAUUGUUUUAAUCAAAACUCUCUACCUUUUCUUCCAAACUCUUCCUGUCAAGAAAUUCCUCAGAGUUACCACAACAACAACUUCGCCUUCAAUGAAAUCUACAGUUCCUUACUUGAUGAAUUCUCUGUUCCCCAGAAUGUUGAUUCAUCUUCUUCAUCCUAUAACGUUCUUGAUACUCCAAUUAUGGGUCAAGAAGAUUAUCGAUUGUCCAUGAUGGAAGAUUUGGAGGAUCCGGGUUUGCUUGGGGAUGAACUUCAGAGUUUGGACCUGCAAACCCCAUGCAAGAUAGAGCCAAGCCACUCCCCAGAAAUGCCAAUUUUCAACAUGGGCGAUGCGUCUUUGGAAAGAAAGAAUCGAGCAAAGAGGCUUCAGGGCCAACCCUCCAAGAAUUUAAUGGCUGAGAGGAGAAGGAGAAAGAGGUUGAACGAUCGCCUUUCAAUGCUGAGGUCAAUCGUCCCCAAGAUAAGCAAGAUGGACAGAACAUCUAUCCUUGGAGACACUAUAGAUUACAUGAAAGAACUCUUGGAGAAGAUUAACAAAUUGCAACAAGAAUUGGAGGUGGAUUCAAACAUCGGAGGCAUUUUGAAGGAUGAAAAGCAAAAUGAAAUCUUGGUGAGAAAUACACCCAAGUUUGAAGUGAAGAGGAAGAAUGAGGAUACACAGAUUGAAAUUUGCUGUGCAGGAAAGCCAGGAUUGUUGCAAUCUACAAUGAACACUUUGGAAGCAUUUGGUCUUGAGAUUGAACAGUGUGUUAUAAGUUGUUUCAAUGAUUUCACUGUGCAGGCUUCUUGCUCAGAUGAAAUGGAGCAGAGGAGAGUACUGAGUUGUGAAGAUAUAAAGCAAGCACUAUUUAGGAGCGCAGGGUAUGGGGGAAGAUGCUUGUAGCGUGCAAGAAGGGAAGCGAGGAAACGCACUUUUAUAUAUGAAGACCGUUUAUUUAAAGCACAAGUGAAAGUUCCAAUUUUCUCCCUCGAUCCAUGGAAAUAAAAGUGAUUUCUUGAGCAGGAGAGUGUAGCAUUUCCUUCAAAGGGACAUAACUCUAUUAAUCCCCUCAAAUGCCUCCCAAGGGACAUUUUGAUCAAACUACUGUAAUUAAUGUGAUGGACCCUGCGCAUUCCAUUCUCUGGCAAAUUUCAACGAAUUCCAAGGACAAGACUUUCAAAGACGUCUUAGAAAGUUUUAAUUCCUCUACCACGCACGUUCACAUAUCUCAAUGAAAUAUGCUCACGCAUGUACAUGAAAAUAUUUGACAAUGAGAGAAUAUAAUGCAGUUAUUGUUCCCGAGAAUCCCUUGAUUCGGUUGUUCAGCUGUAUCAGGUCCAGUAGGACUCUGUAUAAAGAAGGACAAAAAUGCAAGACACAACGAGAGGGUAAAGUUCAAUCUUUUUUAGUCUGUUCCUUUCCACCUCAGUUUGUUUUUUUUGUGUGUGUGUGUGUAACUUUUAUGUAUAAACUAUAAAGACGUUUCCUUUUUUAGUUUUCACACUGCUGAAUGAUGCGACAAAGCAGGUCUAGCAUGCCAAUAUCUACAACUUCAUUUGGUCAGUUAUUUUGAUUGUACUCUCAAAUAACUCCUUUUUAACUGGCU